GCAAAGGGAAUGUUCUAAAUUCCCAAUUUUUUUAUCAACGUGGGAUCGGUUUUUUUUUUUUUUUUGUUUGGCAAUAUAUUGGCAAGAUAAUAGAAGGUCGCAAAAUAAUUACUAAUUCAAGCCUAUAAACUAGCGAAGGGCAAAGUUCAGUGCGCUGUUUGUUGCGAUGGGAAUGUUGUCAUUGAGCGAUUGCGUGGAGGUGAGGAUCCCCGCUCCUUGGGGUCACAUCUCCGGUCGCUGGUAUGGCAAUCGAAGGGAGAGACCCAUCCUAGCAAUUCAUGGCUGGUUAGAUAACUUAGGAACCUUCGAUCGACUGAUUCCCCUUCUCCCAGAUUAUAUAGGCGUGCUUUGCAUCGAUCUUCCGGGUCAUGGAAGGUCCUCUCAUCUCCCACCAGGGAUGCAUUACAGCAUCUACGAGUUUGUCUACAUCAUUCCACGGGUUAUGCACGAGUAUGGCUGGAAGAAGGUCUCCCUGCUGGGUCAUUCCCUGGGCGGCAUCAUUAGCUUCUUUUACGCAGGUCUGGCUCCACAUACGGUGGACAUGGUUAUCUCUCUGGAUAUUCUGCUGACCACUCCGCUUCGGGAUUGCGAGCUAAGCAUUAAAAAGGCGGCCCAGGAUAUGGAAAAGCAUCUGGUGGAGGAAGAUCGACGGGAGGACGGUAAUCUUCACGAGCCACCCUCCUACACACUCCCGCAGCUGUGCAAAGCCCUAGCAAAAGGAAGCAAUAACUCUGUGACCCCUGAGUUGGCCAAGCAUUUGCUUUAUCGCCAGGUUACCAAGUCAGAGCUCUAUCCGGACCGAUUCUUCUUUUCCCGAGACGGACGGAUAAAGUUCUAUCACAGCAUUCAUACAGAACGUGGCCUAGCCGCUGAACUGGCAGGACGUAUAGGAAGAAAACCGUACCUGAUCAUCAAGGGAUCGAUGUCGCCGUAUUUGGGAGUAGAGUGUGAGGAGCCAAUGUCUAUUCUGGCCCACAAUAAUCCCCACUUUGAGUUCUACGAGGUGGCGGGUGGCACUCAUCAUGUUCAUCUUCAUGCAGCCGAGGAAUGUGCCCGGUAUAUAGUGCCCUUUAUACAGCAUCAUCGACCACCGGUUCUUACUUCAUGGUCCUUGAGGGGUAAGGACUUGGAACUGAGCUCUAAGGAGCAGGAGAGAUAUUUGGCAAGAAAUAGAAGCCUUUCCAGCAAACUUUGAACUGAUGUUUGAAAAAAAAACCAAUUGUUAUUAUCUUAUGUUUUUGUUAUUAUAAUAAAUUUAAAUUUAAAUA